GAAGGGAAGAAGGUCCUCCUUGGUCAUCGUCCUCCACUAGGGAAGGCAAUCACAGAAAGUUUUGGGAAGAAGUACCUCCAUCAAUCAGCAGGGGGUGACAGAGAGAACCUGGCAUUUCUACUAGGAUUUAAAACUUGCACCAGAUUUUAAACUGGAAGAAUAAUGUGCCUUUCCUUGGCCAGCAGCCUCUUGGCCGUCGGUGUAGCCCUGAUCCACAUGGUUUCUCCUGAGCCUGGCUCUUGCGCCAAUGCAACGAUUACCCAGACCUACAACCUGGUCCGCUUGAUGCAAGCCAACACGACGGUCCUCCUGAACACCUAUCUUAGUCAUCAAGGUAGCCCAUUUAGUGAACCUGGCUUCUUCAACACAGGACGACUACACUAUGACGGUGUGCCAACUAUUGCGAUCCAUUUCCUGGAAUGGCGGAGCAUGACCGACAUGGAACGCCUGGGCCAGAACUAUAGAGUUUAUAGCAUCUUCUUUGAGUUUCUGCAACUGAUUUGGGAUGACCAGUUAGAAAUCAACCCCUAUGAGACUGAACUUCUAGAGAUGCUGAAGGCCACCCAGCUGCAUAUCAAGGGCCUGCUCAGCAACCUGACAGGCAUCAUGUGCUCCUUAGGUUCUCCACCCACGCCCCUAACGGACCCGCUCAUGAUGAAGGUUACAGAAGCUGACACUUUUGAGAAGAAAUUUCGAGGAUCUGUGGUGUGUUACAGGUACAGGCAGUGGGUUGACCGGACUGUUCGAGACUUCUCCCUUCUUCAGAACAAAUAUCGAAGUUAAGAACUACUCAAGGAGUUGGGUGACUUCUACAUUCAACUCCUUAUUGCAGACUUCUCAGGGAAACUGGGCGGAGGACCAAAGAAGACAGCUACAACAUAGGUAGCAUGUCAGGACCAAUUUUGUCAUGGAGUAUCCUUGUUAAUUUAAGUUUGCUCCAGAGAGAGCUAUGAAAACGUGCUGCGGGAUUUUAGUAGAAACUGGUUGUGCAUGGUUCUGAUUGGCCACAGUCAUCUGCCACAUGACCAAGAUCUGCUUCCAAAUCCCAGAAAGGUUUUGCCCAGAAAUAGCUUCCUUUUUAAAAUAUUCAUCAGGAAAAAAAUUAACAAAUUUAUGAAUAAACAUUUAUGUGGCACUUAAAGUAUCUGUGCUUGAGAAGGGAAAUGGCCCACCUGAAGAGUCAGUAGGGAGGGAAAGAUGAAUCUGAGAGCUGAGCCAGAAUUUGCUUCACUGGCAUUAAUGAUAUGAAAAACCUCUCAGAAUUUGGUUUUAUUCAAUUUCUCUGUUCUGGUCUACCUUUUGUUCCUAUCCUGGUUUUGUUCUGGGUUGUGAGACUUUCCUUUUCUUCCCAAUCUGAAAUCUCUGUCUUUUUUGGCAGGAAAUUUUUUUCCCCUCACGUACGCUUUUAUUUAAACCUUUUCCCUCAUUGAUUUAUUGGCCCUCGUCGCAUUUUUGUCGUUCUCAUUUUAAAAAGUGCAUACAAGUUUUACAGGCAUUUGGUCUGCCUGAAACACCUGCUGUGUGAAUUCUCAAGGCGAGAUCUAUCCGUUCUUGCAGCGAGAAUGAAAACACAACUUUGGCUGAAAAACCAAGGUGGGCAGCGAUGUUCAUCUCUUGCAACGAACCCAUAAAGAAUCCUGUGGUCCAUUAAAAAGAGAAAAGGUUCGUGUCCUGCAGCUGGCUGUGAUGAAGUGGACCACACUCUUGAUAAAUUUAUGCCAAAUAAGACUUGUUAGGUGUUAUGGUGCUCCAAAACUCGUCAGUUUUGCUUUCCUCGAGAAAGUAAUCCAAUGAAAUUCUUUUCAGUUCCUAGCUGGCACACACACUUCUUGCUUCGGUUGCAACGUCCUGAGAAAAAGAAACUGGGAGUGCCCCGGUUUUGUUACCUUUGUCUUCAGCCACUGAGGUUUAGCCUCUGCUCAACUAGACAUCUUCCAAAUAUUAUUUUCACUUUCCCAACAACAAAGUCUU